AGAACCCAAUUCCAAAUCUCUCAUCUUCAUCUGCUCACUGUCACUGUUGCCUCACUGCCGGCGGUGGAGUCUCCGAUUAAGUACUUGAUGGUAUUUCUUAGCUGGACGCGUCCAUCUCCUGAAGAGCAGAAAGCAUGUAUCGACAAGUCUGGUUCCUUUAACUAUGAUAAUAGAUUUAGAGGAGCUACUGAUAAACCUGCUCCUCUACUUAAGCAAGACAGGGAGCUUGCAAAGGAUGGUUUCUCUGUUAAUUGUGCUCGUGUAUUAGUCGGUUCAGGCCGUGAGACUUUUGAGAAGGGAAAAGCUGCCCUUCAAAAUUGGAGGCAUUUUGGAUUGAAUUGGGCGUUUGUUGAUCCAAAAGCUCCAAUUCAAAGUGGGACAAAGUUCUGUGUUUGCGUGAAGGAGUUCUUCCCGUGGCUUAUGAUGCCUCUGCAGGUGGUUUAUGUCACCGAGAACAAGAACUCGAAAAAGGGUGCUUCAUUUAGUUUUGGCAGUGGAACUCUCCAAGGACAUUUGCUGGCUGGUGAAGAACGUUUUUCAAUAGCAUUGGACGAAAAUGAUCUAGUUUGGUACGAGAUACUUUCCUUCUCGAAGCCUGCACAUCUGCUGUCACUCUUUGGAUACCCUUAUGUUCUUCUCAGGCAAAAAUACUUUGCUCAUCAAUCAGGUAGUGCGGUGAAGAAACAUUUAUCUGCUUAAAACAUGUGGGGCUAUAACUGUGUGUAAAAAAAAUGCUCUUCAUUGUAGACCUGAAAUCUUAGUUGUAAAAGAUUCCCAUCCAUAGUUAUAUUGGGUCUUGAUUUCAUGUUUUUUUCUUUGCAUUAUAUGCACGACCUAAGUUACUAAUAAUGCAAUUCUAGUCCAUGUUAAAGAAACUGUAAUUGUAGUCCAAUAGCUGGAUAAUCAGUGUGAUAUAAUUAAGUGAAAAGCAUAGAAGAAAAACUAUGCAUAAGAACCCAAUAGCGAGAAUCAUUUCAAGAAAGGGUCAUUCCAUUCUA